AUGAGUAUCAAUUUAAACCAUUACUUCACUGAAAAAUGCUAUGAUGGUAAUUUUUUGAACUUCUUAAGUAUCCACGACAAUGGUAGAUCAUACUAUUUGACAAUGCCCAAUGAUGGAAAACUCGAUGAGUUGUAUAACGUUACAAUGGAACUGAAAUCGAGGCAACUGACGGGUACCAAACAGCAAGUAUUUGAGGUGUCGGAACAGCAAUUGAAAUUACUGAACAGAAUUGCAGAACAAGAAACAAAUUGGAUAGUGUAUCCGCUAUUCAUAGUGGCCGAACAAUUCUAUCAAAUAAGCAAGACAAUCAAUUCAAUUUCUGAACUCGAAAGGUGCGGACGCACAAUACAUCGUAGCUUCAACCUAUGCUUAAAUGAUAGAAACCCAACUUUACCCAAGAAUAGAAGAAUUGGAUGCUAUAUGUUUGCAAAUUUAGAGUUUCAAUUAUACCAUAAACUAAAAAACAGAGACAUGAUGAAAAACCUCGUCAAGGUUUUACAGAGUCGAAGGCAAGAGAUACCAACGCUGAGACAAAGCCUAGCCAGAUAUCACAAAUCGCAUAUGGUCAAAUAUAACUACUAUAUGGGGGAGUACUACGGCUGCUAUGAAGGCGAUUUCAGCAGAGGUCACGAAUACCUCAGCGAUGCGCUCAUGGAUUGCAGCAGAGAUCCAAGGUUAACCAAGAAAAGGCAACGCAUCGUUAUUCUGCUGGUGCCGAUGGCCGUACUGAUGAAGAAGAGACCCGUCAAAGUACCUGAAAUAUAUCACAAUAUGCUGAAGGCACUGAAAACAGGCAAUCUGAGCCAGUACGAUGCCCAAGUACACAAAAACGAAAUUUUCUAUCUGGAAAACGGCCUCUACGUCGCGAUGUCCUUGAUAAGAGAGCUUGUUCUGCUGAGACUGAUAAAGCAGUGCUAUCGGUACUACGGAAGCCGCAAUAUUCUCCCGCUGAGCAUCAUAGCCAUCGGGUACACCAAGAGCACCCAAAGGGGCAAACAAAGAGCCAAGAAACUAACCCCACAGGCAGAGCGGGAAUUGCUAGACUCUCUGGAAUGUCAGCUUGCCAACCUCAUCGCCAAGGAUCACAUCAAGGGCUACCUGUCGCAUUCCAAUAGAUGCAUAGUGCUCAGUAAGAAGAAUCCAUUCCCGUAG